CAUCGGGAUGGAGGUGGCAAUCAGAGGCUGGGGAGCCUGAGCUGGGCCUCACCUUCCAUUGAACACGAUGCAUCUGUACCCUGCAUGUAGGGGUGGGGUGAGGGUGCUUCAGCAAUAGCACAGAUGAUGAAUGGUCAGUCUGGGGUAUCCGGCUAAACCAGGCCUGUCCCCCACCAUCCCACCCAGACCCCUGGAGGAUCAGGCACCCUGUGGGGCCCUUGGUCCCACUGGCUCUCUAGCCCCUGUUCUCCUCUCAGCAGAUGAGCCCACCUCCCCCAAGAAACCAAAGAGCACGGCUGAGCCACAGCCCAGGGACAUGAACAGUGAAGCCACCUUGCCCGCACCCUCCGAAUGGACCUCGGUGAGGUUCAGCCCUGGGGAGGACACCAUCGGGCAGGAUGUGCUGGCUGUGUGCGUCCUGGUCGACUGCGAGGACAGCAGCACAGAGUCUGACUAUGGUGAGUGUGAGGGCCCCAGCAUGGAGCCCCGCGAAGAGAGACCCCAGCGGCCAGAGUCCCUGCCUCUACCAAAGCCCCUCUUCCGGCACAGCUCCCUGAAGGAGCCCCUGACCAGGGCAGCCUCUCCACAGGGCCCUGAGGAACCGCACACUGGGCGUGCUCUGCAACGGGCCAACAGCUUCCAGGCUCCAGCUCCAAGCAAACACCAGAACUGGAGAAAAUUCCCAUCAAAUCUAAUAGCAGCAAACAAAAGAACUCUGUCACCUUCAAAGGAACUUCCUCCUCUUCCUCUGUCUUCAUGGUCUUCUCCAUCUUCUUCGUCUCCAGCCAGUGUCCCUGGACAUCCUCCGGACCAUUUUUCUCCACCUCAGGUCACAGCUUACACCCCCCACCCUCAGGCCUCUGGAGAUCCCUGCAGUCCUUCGACCCCGAUCUUCCUCAGGAGAGCUAGAACCCAAGAGGCACCCAAGGAAAUGGCCCUGUACCUACCUCACAGCGAGGUGCUAGAGCGGGCAGAGUACUGCCUGGUGAGCCCAGGUGGAGACAGCCUCCAAAGCCCUGUGGAGAUGGCUUCUGGGGUUUGCCGGGAAACAGGGGCUCCUGGGGGUGCCGGAAGCCCCCACAGAGACCCUCUCCUCACUGGGGGGAAGGAUAGAUCCUUGCCAGACCACCAGCAAUCUCUGCCAGCAGAAGAGGGCAGUACUGGAGCCAAGAGGGAACAGGAAGGUGGGUCAGAGCUGGCCAAGAGGACGUCAGGCCUGAAGAAGUUGGUUCUCAGCCAGGAACAGAAGACCAUGUUGCUGGACUGGGGUGCCUCCCGCCUUGAGAGUGUGCCCCUCCAGCCCAGGGAGCGACUUUCCCAGGAGGGUGCUAGAAACGGCAGAAGAGACCCUGUGCUGAGACGGGUCCACCCUUUGUGCCUCCCUCGGGGAGGGAAAGAGACACUGGCAGCUCAGACGGAGGCCCCCGAGGGGACACGGACCCCAGCUGUGCAGGCUCUGGAGGGGCGGAGUGUGCCCCCGCCCAAGUCACCUCUGAGGCUCAUUACAAAUGCCAUCCGAAAGUCCGUGGGGCAGUUCUUCCACGCCUCUGACAGCACGAAGAAGGUCUCGGCCAAACCAGAACCAGAAACUUUGCCCACAAGCCAGCAGCCGCACCCCUCUGCCAGCACCUUCAGCCUCUGGAAAAGCGGUUCUAAUAAAGACGGGAGCCAGCAGUCCCCCAGGAGACCCACGGCCCGCAGGUCCUCCACCUUCUCCCUGGGCUCCCCAGCUCCCAGGGCCACCCAGUCCUCGGACCUUUGCCCACCUACGGUGUUCCCUGCGUUCUUCUCACCCCCGCCCUGCUGCAACGCUGACGAUGUCCCCACACUCCUGGAAAAAGUGAGUUUGCAAGAGGCCGUGGCAAAAGCUGCCAGGGGUCCCAGGAGAAGACCCUCUUUAUUUUCCUCCUUCAGAACCAAAGACAAGUCUUUCGAGAGUUUCCUCCAAGAAUCCAAAGAAAGCAAGGACAUCAGGGAUCUCUUUAGCAGCUGCAAGGGAAGGAUGCUGUCUGGGAACAGCGGCCCGUCCCUGGAGAAGCCCACGCUGCCUUUCAGAAGCGCCUCCCUGAUGUUGGCUUCCCGUCAUCCUCCUCCAGCGGGACAUGCGGGCUCUGAGCACCACCGUGUUGGAGUGCAGGUGACAGAAGCUACCUCUUCUCUCUCUUCUACCACCUCCUCCUCUGCAGAUGAAGAAUUGGAUCCCCAGCUUUCCCCAGGGUCACAGGAUAAGAAGAUGCUCAAAAGAAGAAAGAAGCUGGAAAAAGCAACAAAGCACUUGGUUAAGCAAGAAGAGUUGAAAAGACUUCAUAAAGCUCAGGCCAUCCAGAGGCAGCUGGAGGAGGUGGAGGAGCGGCAGAGGGCAUCAGAGAUCCAGGGCGUGAGGCUGGAGAAGGCCUUGCGAGGAGAAGCAGCAGAUUCAGGGACACAGGAUGAAGCACAGCUUUUGCAGGAAUGGUUUAAGCUGGUCCUGGAGAAGAAUAAAUUAAUGCGAUAUGAGUCCGAGCUACUGAUCAUAGCCCAAGAACUAGAAUUAGAAGAUCAUCAAAGCAGACUGGAACAGAAGUUAAGAGAGAAAAUGCUCAAGGAAGAGAGUCAGAAAGAUAAGAAUGACCUUAACGAGGAGCAAGAAAUAUUCACCAAGAUGAUGCAAGUGAUUAAGCAAAGGGACGAACUUGUGGAUUCCUUGGAGCAACAGCGCAUCAAGGAAAAGGCCGAGGACCAGCGCUUCGAAAGCUUUGUCUUCUCCAGGGGCUGCCAGCUGAGCAGGACGUGAGGAGCCCCUGUCCCUCCCUGAGGCCAGCCCAGCACGCUAUACUGUCUCCUUCUGGAGCAGAAGUUAUACCUCCUGCGUGGUGGCGAUUUUUAUUUUUAAUUAAAAUUUUCAUAUGUACUACAGCUUCCCAAGAUCUUUCCGGAGAUUAUAAUGAAAAAAAAAAAAAAAAAAACCACAAAGACUGUUUUGGAAUUGACAGCCAACGACAGCCAGGCUCUGGGAUUGGAGGUGUUCUUGGCGGACGACCAGCAUUGUUUUCCCUCAAAAGUGACACAAAGACUUGACUUUCCCACUGCUUUCAUCAUUUUCCUUCCCAAUUCAUUGAGUUACAUGUUUUAAGUCUUUUAAGAAGCUGCCUUUUCAUUAAUACAUCCAUAUUUGCCCUUUUUUUUUUCAUGGAUGACCAGUUUCCAAAUGUCAGAA